CCUACAUGUAUAGUCCCGAUCCACCACCAAACAAUCAAGCCCACCCACCUGCAGCACAGUACCUCUCGAAACCACCACCACAAACCAAACUUGCCCACACACCGAGUCCUCUUUCCUUCCUGAUCAACUUUCAUUCUCGAUCAAUCACAUCAAACCCCGGGGACUUUUCCAGUCAAACCGACCACACAACCCGACCUUCACAUCAGACCAACUCCCUCUUUCCAAAGCAAAACCAUCAUAGAUCCAACCCUGACCACAAACCCGACCAACAAAACCAACCAACAAAACCAAGCAAUUGACCUUUCCUCCAAAAGACAUCAUUGCCCUCCAUCCACACCAAGCCCUCAAUCGAAGAACAAUCUCCAUUCCUCCCUCCCAGCAAGACCACAAGACCAGAUUCUCCAGACCCCAGAAGACGCG